AUGGUGAUAUGCAACUGCUUUCAUUAAUUGUUGCAUAUCUAAAAGAAAGUAGAUAUUGAUGGAUAGAAGAUAAAAUAUGAUGAUUAGAACACAUACUAGAUAAUUUCAAAAUAAAUUGAAGUAGAGUCCUACAUUUUAUAAAUGAUAGGAUACGAUCUACAUAUCAUCGUCACGUAGGUAUACUUAUAAGAAGUAAAAACUAAAAUCGAUGUAAGUUAAGAGGAUAGUAAUUAAUUGAUUUAAUUUUCAUAGUAAUAUUUAUCAGAUUAUUCCUCUAUAAAUCAUGUUUAUAGUAUAAAUCAAAGAAAAUAAUUAAAGCUAAAAUUGAAUGUACUUUUCUCGUACUCUUUGUGCAAUAUAUAUGGCUAGCAAAUUAAUAAAAAUAACAAUAGAAGAUUUAUAGAAUGGGGAACAAUGGCAUUCUUUAUUUGA